AAGGGGUUAGUUAAGAAAAUGCACGAAGCCGUUGAAAAUUGCGUCAUCCAUCCACUCAUGUUGAAGGAAAAAGGUUGUGAUUCUCGAUUUUGAAACAUUUCUCUUCACAAUUUUGAUACAAAGUAUGAACCAGAGAUAUUGCUUCCACCCAACAGAAGCCAUGGUCAUCUUUUUCUCAAUAUCAUUCUUUGGGUUCCUUUUGUACAAUGAAUAUGUGAAAACAACACCAUUUCCGUCUUCCAAACAGCAUAUGGUCUCCCAGGAAGAAUCGGGCAAGAGCAACAAGCUUGCAGUUCCAGAAAGCAAUGAUAGGAACCAUAAAAGCAUUGAGUCCCCAGUAAAAGGCUGUGAUAUAUUCACAGGGGAGUGGGUUUUUGACAAUGUUUCAUACCCUUUAUACAAAGAAGCUGAAUGUGAGUUUCUUUCCGAGUGGGUUAGAUGCAUGAAGCAUGGAAGACUUGAUUCCCUGUACCAGAAAUGGAGAUGGCAGCCCAGAGAUUGUUCCUUGCCCAAGUAAGUAAAUCCUUUUCUUGCAUUUUAGAUUAAGGAUACUACUCUGUUCUUGACGAUUUGCCAUGUCUGGAUUAAAGAUUUGAUGCAAAAUUGUUGCUCGAAAAACUUCGGGGAAAGAGGCUCAUGUUUAUAGGAGAUUCAAUGCAUCUCAAUCAGUGGGAGUCCUUGGUUUGCAUGAUUCAAUCUGCCAUUUCACCAGGCAAGAAGAGUGUGAGCUAUGGAAGCUACAUCUAUGCCUUUAAAACGGAGGUUCCCCAAUCUCACUUGAGUCCUCUUUCUGCCCUAAAAUAAACAAAGACUUAAUUGUCUGAUUUCUGAAUUGCUACUUGAUUUCCCAGGAAUACAAUGCAUCAGUGGAGUUUUACUGGGCACCAUUCCUGGUGGAAUCCAAUGCAGAUCCUCCAACCAUGAGAGAUGGCAGAGAAGAUUCAGUAGUCAUGCCUGAAUCAAUCUCAAAGCAUGGGGAAAGCUGGAAAGGAAUUGACUAUCUUGUCUUUAACACAUACAUUUGGUGGAUUAAGUACCCAACUAUGAAAGUGUUGUAAGUACUAAAAUGAAUAUCAUUAGCUUUG